UGUCACCAUGGUGACGGGGCUGUGCCCAAGGAGGUUGUGAUGGGUUGACAGGUGCGUGACAAUCGGAGCUCUCUGCAAGCAUGUACGCCAAAGGCAAGAGUAGCAACGUGCCGUCCGACAACCAAGCCAGAGAAAAGUUAGCUCUGUAUGUGUACGAGUACCUGCUGCAUGUAGGAGCGCAGAAGUCAGCACAGACCUUUCUCUCAGAGAUCCGAUGGGAGAAGAACAUCACAUUAGGAGAACCUCCGGGGUUCCUCCACUCAUGGUGGUGUGUUUUCUGGGACUUGUACUGUGCGGCUCCAGAGAGAAGAGACUCAUGUGAACACUCCAGUGAGGCCAAAGCCUUCCAUGACUACAGUGCUGCAGCGGCUCCCAGCCCGGUCCUCGGGAGCCUUCCCCCAGGAGAGGGCAUGCCAGUGGGACCAGUCCCUCCAGGGUUCUUUCAGCCGUUUAUGUCACCUCGAUACCCCGGAGGACCCAGACCAACUCUCAGGUUACCCAAUCAGGGACUGGGAGUGCCAGGCAGCCAGUCCAUGUUACCGAGUGGAAUGGACCCCACAAGACUGCAAGGACAUCCAGGUAUGGGAGGUCCGAUGCAGCGGAUGACACCGCCCAGAGGCAUGGUACCGCUCGGGCCCCAGGUAUGGGACAUGGGCUAUGGAGGUGGCAUGAGACCACCACUUAACGCCCUGGUUGGUCCUGGGAUGCCAGGCAUGAACAUGGGACCGGGUGGGGGCAGACCUUGGCCAAAUCCUCCUAACUCCAAUUCGACCCCCUACUCUUCUGCAUCUCCAGGAAAUUAUGUGGGACCACCAGGAGGAGGGGGGGCACCUGGGACCCCAAUAAUGCCAAGUCCAGCAGAUUCAACCAACUCUGGCGACAACAUGUACACGAUGAUAAACACAGUCCCUCCAGGUGGAAGCCGACCAAACUUUUCCCCUCAGUUCCCUAUGGGUGCAGGUGGCGACGGUCCAUUAGGGGGGAUGGCUGGGAUGGAGCCCCAUCACAUGAAUGGAUCACUAGGGUCAGGUGAUAUGGACAGCCUCCCUAAGAACUCUCCUGGUAACCUUAGCAUGAGUAACCAGCCUGGGACCCCCAGGGAGGAUGGAGAGAUGGGAGGAAACUUCCUAAACCCUUUUCAGAAUGAAAGUUAUUCUCCAAACAUGACGAUGAGUGUGUGAAGGCUCUGAAGCAGGUUCGGUUCAGCCGCCCAUCAUGCUGGGGUGCAUCAGUGAAAAGCAGCGGGACAGGAUGUGAUGUCAUCUAGGCCAGUGACUCUUCCUCCACCACAACCUGCCAUGUCAGGCAGUCGCCCCCCCGCUCCGUCCUCCUACUAACCCCCGACCCCCCCCCCUCCAUCGUUUCUGUCCACGUCUCUUCUCUCCCGUUUCUUCUCCAGUUUGAAGUGGGGACUGCUACAUUCAUCAGUUCUUCCUCUGCAACUAUGAGACUGUACAAAGGAACCAAAUUGAAACCCCUGGAGGAGAACUCUUUGUAUAUUUGCAUACAGCGUGAAUGAGACUGUGAACACACUCCUGUCUGCUUUUUGUUCAUGCCCAAAAACAAAUCAGUAUCCUAUUUAUGCUAAGGUUUCAAUGUUCAAGGAUUUAUAGAAACGUUUUGAUUGAUGGUCAAAUUUAAUCCAACUGGUGGUCACAUCUUUAGUCUUUUCUCGACAAAUCGUUUGUCCGUUACUGAAAGACAAUUGGAGAUACAUCACAAUAACAAGGUUUAUUCAAGGCUUGUGCAGAAAUCUGUCUUAAUAUUCAGCUUUUGUGGUUUUCACACGUGUUCAGACCACUUACAUUGUGUUUUAUGUUUUGUACUAUAAGUCGUUUUGCUAGUUAUACUCCCAAACUCAGCCAUAAUUGUUAAAAAUGUGAGAUCUCUUCAAAAUCAAAAUUGGAAGUAACAUCGUGUGGUUAUUGAAAAAACUCGCAAACCAGUUUUGUUUGAGGCUUGAAGCAAGACUGUAACUUUUGUUGAACACAAGACCAUGUGGGGCGAUAGAAACAAAAUCCAAUCCAGUGAUGAAUUGAGUGAUUCUAAUUGUGAGAGAAAUAUUGUGUUACUUCCUCUUUCCAAAGGUAUGUUAUAAUGCUGUGAGAGCAGUAGAGAUAACACUGGGUAAAAAGGUUUAUACCCACUAAUACAAACCAAUUUUUUUUAAUAUAAUAAAGUGAUGCAUCUUUCUUUAUUAAGCUAUUAACCUCUGUUUCAAUUGACGGUGUUGGCGGUUUCCUAUUGGGCUUUUUUACAUCCCGUUGAGUGCACAGGACAAAAGUUAGAUUUUUUAUUUGACUAUAUUAUAUAACAAAUGAGGACACUGAACCUGUCAUGUGAUUUGAUUUGUGUUUGCUGUGCCUCUGUUAUCUGUAGUUCUUUUAACCUUUAUCCUAAUGAUUCAUCAAUUGACUUUCUUGAGUGGACUUACAAAGAGAGAUGACCAGUAUGAAAGGUGAACUGUUAGACACAAGCUUAUUGAGUCACUCUGGCCACUUGUUCUCUAUUUCCAUCCGGAUGAACUGUGAUCUCAGUGUGAUGUGAAAGGUUGGUUGGUACAGAAAGCUAAAUAAGCUUGUUUUUAAUCAAUGUUUUCAACUUUUUCACCGCCCAAGAUGUAUAAUCAUCAUACAAAAGGUUGAUAUGCCUGUGAACAUUUCCCUCUCCCUACUGCAUAGUGUACAGCUCCCAAAUGUAGCACCUCUUGUCUUGUAUGUGUAUUUGAUAUUAUUAUUAUUACUAUUAUUAUUAUUAUUUAAACAAAUCUGGAGAGGAGGGAUGGACUGCUGGUGCACCAUCACAACUGAACAGAAAUAUUUUAUUUAGUCACUUAUGUUAGAUUGAAGCCAUAAGUGGGAGUGCAAGACGAUGCAUUUGUAAAUUGGAUCAUGUUUUCUGUUUUGUGGCAGUAUGUGGGACUCCAUUAGUCAUGUGUUAAUUUUCUCUUUUUUAUUCUUGUAUUAUGUUUUUGUAAAUACACAGAGAAGAAUUUCAUGGGUUUUGAAUAUGCUAGUAUAAAUCUUCUCUUCCCUUA